UGUUUCAAACUGUCUUUCCUCCAACUCUUCUGUGAACCAUUAUCGGCUUUUUCGUUCGCCGAAGCGAAAAGAUAUGUUCCACAUUCUAAAUUCGAGUGGUCGAUAUCGUAUUUUCUCGGUGUUGUGUCAAUCGACCCUUUUCAAGGGUCGUUCCUA